AAGGAGGAAAAUCGGGAGCAGCUCUUUGCCCAAGGAGCUCAGAUGGUGCGGUGGCUGUACCUGUCCGGGCUGGUGUUUGCCGUGCUCAUCCCGGCCGGAUGGCAGGUGGCUCCCAAGGACUUGGAGGACCUCUCCAGCAGAUGGAAGCUGUUCGGACCCCAGAACUCCCGGAGCUCCCUGUCGCACGUCAGGCGGCACUCGGAGGGGACCUUCACCAGCGACUUCACGCGGUACCUGGACAGGAUGAAGGCCAAGGACUUCGUGCACUGGCUCAUCAACACAAAGAGGUACGACUGACGGCAAAUCCAGGCAGCGGCUUUCCAGCCGCAUCCAAGCGGGAAUGUUGGACGUCUCCCUCGCCAGCCGGGAUCGGGAGCUCCGCGGGAAGGAUUCAUCCAUCACACACAGCUCCCGGACCCAUCCCGCGUUCCCCAGGCACCUCCUCCUGACGUCCGCCCCCACGGAUCCC